AGAAGAAGCAAUUGACAGAGGCAGAAGAAGCAAUUGACAGAGGCAGAAGAAGCAACCACAGAUCUCAUGUCAAGCCAGGGGGUGAAGUUAGUGGGGUUCUGGGUGAGUCCAUUUGUCUUGAGGGUAGAGUGGGCUCUGAAACUGAAGGGUAUUGAGUAUGAGUACAUAGAAGAAGACAUCUUCAACAAGAGCCCUCUGCUCUUGGACCUCAACCCUGUGCACCAGAAGGUCCCUGUGAUGGUUCAUGAUGGCAAAGUCAUGGCCGAGUCGUUUGUUAUUCUCGAGUACAUCGAUGAGACCUGGAAGCAGACCCCAUUGCUGCCUCAGGAUCCUAAUGAAAGAGCCAUGGCCAGGUUUUGGGCAAAGUCUGUUGAAGAGAAGCUUUUGGAAACUGCAUGGAUAGCUAUGUGCUCACAAGGAGAUGAAAAGGAAAAUGCUCUGAAAUCAGCCAGGGAGGUCUUAGAAAAGAUAGAGGGAGAGCUCAAUGGAAAAAAGUUCUUUGGAGGGGAAGCCAUUGGAUAUUUGGACCUUGCUGUAGGAUGGAUUUCUUUCUGGUUGCCUGUUUGGGAGGAAGUUGGGUCCAUGAAAAUUUUAGACCCAUCAAAAUUCCCAAACAUCAUUGCUUGGAUGAGUCAUUUUCUCAAACACCCUGUGGUCAAGGAAAGGCUACCACCUAGAGAUGAGAUGGUUAUAUAUUUCGACAAGCGUAGUAAAGAAAUUGCUGCUCUCAUAGCCUCUGCCAAACACGGUUGAUGAUAAUAAUUUGAAUAGUGCUCUACUUAUUGUACAAGUAUUAAUAAAUAAAAGAACGAAAUAAUAAGAAAAUCACGCCUCUGUUCAUGGUUGUUUGGUUGAGUUGUGAUUCUACAAAAUGAUCAUCAAAUAUACGGAGUUGUCAAUCCAUUUGAUAAAUUUUAUUUUUGAUAAAUAUUUCGAUAUGUGUAGCAAAUUUUCCUUUAUAUUUAUAAAGAAGUAGUGAUAUGGUG